UUAGCGGCAGUUAGAGAGGCGGUGAGGUGGUUAAUUAGUAUUUGGCUUAAUUUACUUAACCUGGGUUAAAACCGAGUUAGGCAAGAUUUAGGCCAAUACGUCGUUGUUUUGGCUAUAAAAAGAUGGCUUCGCAAUGGCUCUUCUUUGACUCGUAUCUUUCGUUUUCUUUCCUGAUUCUUAGACACCGAAACUAGCAGAGCAAUUUACUCUGACAAUAAUAAAGAGGGAAAAACAAACAGAAUACAAAGCACACAGAGAGAGAGAGAGAGAGAGAGAGAGAGAAAGAGAGAGAGAUUUGAAGCAACAAUGGCGAUUUCGCCGAGAUGUUUUUGUGUAUGUGCAUUGAUUGUUCUAGUGCUUUUCGUUAGCGUGAAGUCAUCAACGGAGAAAUCGAGGUUCGAGCAAAAGCAGGGGUUGCAGAGCUCCAAGAACUCAUCAAUGGCCGACGGGUCAGGUGAUGCAUGGAAUGAGCAUGCUGUUGAGAAUCCGGAGGUGGUGGCUUCAGUGGUUGAUCACAGGAGCAUCCACAACGGCACAGCGAGAAGGAAUUUAGGAUUCUUCUCAUGUGUAACAGGCAAUCCAAUUGAUGAUUGUUGGCGAUGCGACCCCAAUUGGCAGCGAAACAGGAGGCGUCUUGCUGACUGUGGGAUUGGCUUUGGACGCAAUGCCAUUGGUGGUCGCGACGGCAGAUACUAUGUCGUGACUGACCCUCGAGAUGACGAUCCUGUUAAUCCAAAACCUGGCACCCUUCGCCAUGCUGUUAUUCAAGAAAGACCUUUAUGGAUUGUGUUCAAGAGAGACAUGGUGAUCACUCUUAAGCAGGAACUUAUCAUGAACAGUUUCAAGACUAUUGAUGCACGUGGAGUUAACGUCCACAUUGCCAAUGGAGCUUGCAUUACCAUCCAGUUUAUCACAAAUGUCAUUAUUCAUGGUCUCCAUAUCCAUGAUUGCAAGCCUACCGGCAAUGCCAUGGUUCGUAGCUCGCCUACUCACUAUGGGUGGAGAACUAUGGCUGAUGGAGAUGCGAUUUCCAUUUUUGGGUCUAGUCACAUUUGGAUUGAUCAUAAUUCUCUAUCGAAUUGCGCAGAUGGCCUUGUUGAUGCUAUAAUGGGGUCAACUGCCAUUACCAUUUCGAACAACUACUUCACCCACCACAACGAGGUUAUGUUAUUGGGUCAUAGUGACUCCUAUGCAAGAGAUAAGCAGAUGCAAGUAACAAUUGCCUACAACCAUUUUGGUGAGGGUCUUAUCCAGAGAAUGCCAAGGUGUAGGCAUGGGUAUUUCCAUGUGGUGAACAAUGACUACACACACUGGGAAAUGUAUGCCAUUGGUGGAAGUGCCGACCCUACCAUUAACAGCCAAGGAAACAGAUAUCUUGCCCCUAACAAUGCUUUCGCUAAAGAGGUGACAAAGAGGGUGGAUACAUCAGAUCAUGUAUGGAGGCAUUGGAAUUGGAGAUCCGAAGGAGACCUCUUGCUAAAUGGAGCCUACUUCACUCCCUCAGGAGCCGGAGCUGCAGCCAGCUAUGCAAGAGCUUCUAGCUUGGGGGCCAAGUCCUCUUCCAUGGUUGGUACCAUUACUUCAAGUGCGGGUGCUCUUUCCUGCCGCAAGGGUCGCCAAUGUUAAUUCUCAAACCUAAGCAACAGGGGAAAACAACCAGAAAAAGAAAGGCAAAAAAAAAAAAAGGUUUUAUCUUCCCUUACUGUUGCCACAGCAACUACCCAGCAAGUAUGAAGUCUUUCUCUGUUUCAUCUCCCUCCUUUUCCUCUGUUUGGCCACUCAACCAAUAUUUGGCUAGUGUACAUUAUAUAACAGGUGUCAUAGUGCGAUACAAAGACUAAAAAUGGAAAAAAAAAUCCACUUGUCAGCACGCCACUGAUCUACCUGGGCCUGCUUUAGAUGCCGCAGUGUUGCUCAUCAUCUUGAAUUCUCUAUUCUUCAUAGAGUCGGUUUGUCCAUUUUUCUUCUCUGUACUAUAAUUUACGAAUUAUCAGAUCAGCAAAAAAUUCAUAUCAAAAAGACAUUGUUUUUAGCUUCAAAUGUUUUAAGCUUUUAUCAUUUGGAAUCGUAUUUAA